AUGUCUAGUCUUCGCUGUUUCUCAAUCAUGACUAUACUAUUAUACCGUCCGAGAGGCCACGCCGUAACAGCCAGUGUCGCUUGCAUUGGCGGCCCAGUGGAGUGGAUUGUGCCCGCUGCUUACAAAACCGAACCGGCCGUUACCGAUGGCGGCGACUGGUCUCGCGAACGUCAAGUUCGCAACAGGCGAGUCAUAGAAGGACCCAUUUGCUGUCUUGGGCCCUACUCGUCUGUCGCGUUUGCGACUGUCGGCGUGUGUUUGCUGACUGCCCGCGCCGACAAAACCAUAACGGGCAAACCCCGCGUCAGUUGGACGGCUGUGAUCGCGCGCUGGAUUGUUGAGGCCGGAUUACACGGCGUUCAUGUAAUGCCCGGCCAAUCCACCACGUCGUGGCCCGACGCCGAGUACUGGACUCGCGUCCGUGCUUCUUCAUCGAGCCGGAUGUGGUGCUGGGGCUGGGACGGCGCGGGCGAUCUGGACGGGCGUGACGUGGACCCUAUGCCCAGCAAGUCGAUGGGCCCGGAAGCGGUCGCGAUUCGGCACGCCGACAGAAGCAUGAACCUGCCGUAUCCUUAA